AUGGAACAAAGUGGUGGAAGCUUGAAAAAGCGAGGUGUGGACAGGAUCAGUGAUUUGCCUGAACCUUUGGCUCUAAAGAUAUUGUCUUUACUCCCAACAAAACUCGUCAUAUCCACAAGUGUUCUGUCCAAACAAUGGCGGUCUGUUUGGAAAAAGGUACCGAAACUCGAGUUUGAAUCUUACGGGAACAUACAGAAUGUUUGCAACGCUUUGCUCUCGCAUAAAGCUCCGGUCUUGGAGAGUCUGCAUCUGAAAGUUAGAGAUAGAUGCGAGGAUGUGUAUAUCGGAAUCUGGGCCGGAAUCGCAAUGACACGCCACGUGCGUGAGUUCGCACUCAGUCUCGGCAGUGGCAAACCAGUCAGAUUCCCGAGCUGCUUGUUCUGUCUUGAUACACUCGAGACAUUGAAACUCAAGGAUUACGUUCUUCUAGAUCUUCCUUGUCCCGUUCCCAUGAAGUCGCUCAAAACGCUUCACCUUGAUUCCGUGACGUACAAAGACGAAUCAUCUGUCGGUAACCUCUUAUCAAGCUGCUCUAAUCUUGAACAUUUGGUAGUGCGUAGAGGCUAUUUUAAAGAUGAUGUGAAGCAUUUCGUCAUCGUGGCGCCAUCUUUGAAGACACUAUCGCUUUACGAUCCCAUGAAUGGACGAGGGGACAAAGGAUAUGUGAUCAACGCUCCUUGUUUGAAGUACUUGGACAUUGAAAAGCUAGAACGUUAUGAGUUUUGUCUGAUUGAGAAUGCGUCUGAUCAGCUAGUCGAGGCAAAGAUUAGAGACGUUGUUUCUAUAGCCAAUGAGUCGAUUAUGGCAUCUCUCACUUCAGCCAAACGUCUAUGCUUGGACUUAUCACCCUUGCAGAUAACAUAUCCAAGUGGAGUUAGCUUCUAUCAGCUGGUGAGUCUAGAGAUGUAUACUCAUAAAGUCGAGUGGUGGAAUCUACUUACGAUCAUGCUUGAUAGCUCUCCUAAGCUACAAGUCCUCAAGCUCAUUGAUGCUUCGGGUCGUCAGCAUAGUCUGAUUGAGGAAAAAAAAUAUAUGAAGGCUGGGAAAUGGAAUGAGCCAAAGUGUGUGCCUGAAUGUUUGUUGUCCAGUCUGGAGACUUUCGUGUGGACAAGACACGAUUGGAUAAGAGGAGAAGAGAAGGAAGUUGCUUUCUACAUUCUAAGGAACGCAAUAUGUUUGAAGAAGGCAACUUUCACCACGUUUCCGAUUGAAGCGAAGAUGCAUUUCAAGCUGGCAAGAAGACGAGAGAUGCUCAGCGAACUGAAUGGAGUGGUCAUGGCUUCUCAUUCAUGCCAACUUGUUUUUCAAUCUCAGUGA